AUGUCUUUAUCAAAUUAAAUUUUUAGCUUAUUAAGUUCACCAGAAACAUACAAAUAAAUUAAGCAAUAUAUAACAAGAUUAAGAGAUCAAGAUGAGUAAAACUAUAAAUCAUUUUAGGAAUGUCUAUUAACCAAUAUGUGAUGCUAUAAUUAAAGGUCUGAACGUUAAAGAUCAUGUUUAUAAUUUAAUGGCUGCUUAAUUAGGUAAAGAAUCAGUAGAACAACAAAAUAUGGAUUUUAACAUUAUUUUUUAAGAAGUUUGUUUACCCAAAUAUGAAAAAAUAGCUGAGUUCAAAAAGGACGAUCUCAGCGAUGACAGAGGAAGAUAUUAUUUCUCAGAAACUCCAAGUAAAGAAUAAUCCAGUUAGGGAAUUAGUUUAUUGAGAAUUAUUUUAGAGAGUAUAGAAGUAUGGGCAAAAACAUAUACUUGUAAAAGUGAUAAAAUUACACAAACACUUUUUUUUCAGACAUAUUUUAAACUUUGUGUGAAAAAAAUAAAAUUUCCACAUGAAUAUAAAUAUUAUAAUAUAGAUGAAGUCUAAAAGAAUAUCUCCUCUUAAUUUUAAACACUCAUUUAUCAUUUAACUAAGAAUCAAAAUGAAAAUAAAUCAAAUUCAAUGUAAUAAACUUCACAAAUAAUUUAGUAAGAUUAACAAUAAAAGUAAAUUCAAUUUAAAAAAUAAAUCUUAAUUCGUAAAUCUAGCAGUAUUUCUACUCCUAUAGAUGAAAAAGAGGCAGAAAUAAUUUCAAAAGCUCAGAAAUUUAAAAAUAAAUUUAACUUAUUGAAAAAUUAAUUAUCAGAAAAAGCUUUAAGAAAUAAUUUUAAAUCAACUUAAUAAUAUAUAAAAGAUUUAACAGAGGUCAAUUAAAGCUUAGAAUAACUAAUGAAAGAUUUGGAUAAUAAUUUUGAAGAAUUCUCAAGUUAAUAUGAUGAAGAUAUUGCUUUAGAACUUUUGGAGAUUAGUGAUUAACUAAAGGUUCUCUGUUAAUUAUUUAAAAAAUUACAAAAGAAUGAAUUAACUCCAUAAAACUAUAGAAAUACUGUUGAGAAAUAUACAAAAUAAGUUCCAGAUUAAAAGAAAGAUAAAUUAAAUUAUGAAUAAUAAAUGGAAGAUUUUUAAAUAUAAUAUAAUUAAAUAAUAGAGCAAAAAGAAAAAGAAAAAUAAAUUAUACAAUAGGAACAUGAAAAAAAGGUAUCAAAUUUAGAACAAUAAAUUACAGAUUCAAAUUAGUAGAGAAAUCUAUUAGAGGGUUAAUUAAAGUAAUUGUAAAUUAACUAUAGAGAGCUGAAAAAUAAUUCAAUUUAAUAAUAAGAUCUAGAAAGAAUGAAUAAUAAUUUAAUUGAAUAAAUAAGGGAAUUGAAUUUAUAAUAUGAAUAAAUGUAGAGAUAGAGUGAAGAGAAUAGCCUUAAAAUAGAAAAUUAGCGAUUUAAAAUAUCUAAAUUAAAAGAGGACAAACAAAAGAUAUAAUAGGAAAUAGAAAAUUUAAAAAGCUAAUAUAAUAGUGAUAUAACCUAAUUAAUAAAUUAAAAUAGAUAAUUAACAGAAAAUUAAAAUAGAACGAUAAAUUAAUUUCAGGAUUAGAAUGAAUUAAAUAGGGAAAUUUCUGAACUUAAAAAAUAAUUAAAGACUGAGAGGAUAAGAUCUGGUUUAUUGAUGGAAGAGAAUAAGCAGAUAAAUUAAACGAUAUUAAAUCUUCAAUAAUAAUUAAGUACUAGAGAUUAAACAUAAUAGACCAAUUAAUUUGUUGGUCAACAUAAUUAAGACUUAUAAUAAUGUUAAGCUGAAUUAAUAAACUAUAAAUAAUAAUUACGAUAGUUGGAGGCAUUGAAAAAAACAGAAGAACAUUAGUACAUAGAGAAAAUAAAUAAUCUUGAAUAACAAUUAUAAAUAUAAUUAAAGGAAAGUGAAAAACAUAAAACUUAAUCUAUUUCUCUUAAUUAAUAAAUUAUAGAAUUACGUAAAGAAUUAUAAAAAUAAAAAAAGUAAUCAGGAUAGGAAUAAAUAAUAUAAUUUGAAAAUCAAUAACCUAAAAGUAAUUAUAAUCUUGAGUAGGCUACUUAAAGAGCUAAUUCAAAUAAAAGAGAAUAAACUUAACCUAGUACAUAAAGAGUUAAUUCAAAUAAACGAGAAUAAACCUAAACUAGUGUACCAUAUUUUGAUUAUUAGCACUUUUAAAAUAAUCAAAUAGAUUUUUUUGAAAAUGUCUAAAAUUUAUUUACAAAAACUCAAUCAUAAAAGAUACCUUUGAAAAGUGAAAUAAUGAUAUAUCCUCAUUAAACUGCAGAAUCGUAUUAUAACAAAAAAGUUCAACCUCAUAAAGGAAUUGUUAUUAAAUUUCAUAAUUUUUUAUAAAAUCGACUUAUAAAUCAAAAUAAUUUGACAUUGUAUAAAAUUUACCAUUUGAAUAGAAUCAAUCAUACAAUUUUUGUUGAUAAUUAAGAAUUAAAAAUUGGAGUUCUCAAAUAAGUUCAAUAGAAUAGUUUCGAUUAUUAUAUAAAUUAUGGUUUAUAUUUAGAAACUGGCUUUAAAUGUUUGAAGUUAAAUGCAUGCAUUAAAAAUUCAAUGAAUUUUAAAACUAUUUGGACAUCUUUUCAAGAGAUAUAGUAAAAUUUAUAUUAUAAAUAAUAAAUGCUUUUGGAAGUUAGUAUUAAAGUAAGAGAAAGAGAAAUGAAUGAAGUGCCAAUAUUGGAAAUAAAUUAUAAGUAAGUUAUGAUAUUAAUAAUAUAGUAAUAAGAUUGAAUAAAUUUUAUUGCCAAUUCAAAUUUUAUGUUUGAUAUAAUAUCAUAAAAUAAAUUAUAAUAGAUAUCAAACUAGAUGGAAGACUUCAAAAAUAUAUAGGUCUGAAGUAUUUGAAUACAAUCAAUUAGUUUUAACUGAUCAUAAAGAUAUUACUAAAUUAAAUUAAUGUUUUAGUAUAAAAAAUCCAGAUAAAAUUAAUAGUUAUUGUUAAGGUUUUGAUGAAAUAAAAUAUAUUGCAUAGUUUGGAUUAAAAUAGUAUAAUGUAGAAGGUAUUAUAAAAUUUGAGUUGAUGCCUGAUAAUAAAAUGAUAAUUUAUGUAGGAAUUGAAAAUGGUAUGAAUAGUUCAUUGAUUAAGAGAUUAAUAAAUGCAUAUUAAAAUAUUUUUAUAUAAGUUUGA